AGGCAGGAUCUGAUCGCAGGUCUGAGGUCCUUUCUAGCUACAUACAGGAGUUAGUUGACAUAACAGGAGGUGAGUCUUCACUAACUGGAGUGCAGAGUAUAGCUAGUCAUAGCCUCUCAUAACGCCUGUUAAGGCAGUAAACUACAAUUUUAUACGUGCUCAUUCAUUGUGAAUACACUUUGAGAAGGCAGGAACUGAAAGAAAACGUAAAGGGUGACCACAUCCAUAUUCUUGUCUUUGGUAGGGAAAAUAAUCUUACCUCCUUUUUUAAUCUGUGUCUGUUUGUUCACUUUAUCGUUCAAAGAAAAUUUCACAGCUUCCAAUACUAAUUCAUUUCAGACUCUCUAACCACACUUACUGCUGGAAAAGUCUUAUAACUAACCAGGAACCUUCAGGCUUAAGUAUCUGUUCCCUCCUGUUUCAGGGAAGCAGGUGCAUGCCUCUGCAGCGCUUCUUGUUUGAGGAGCUUUUCUCUUUGUUUCUCCCACUGAUCUCUCUGCUACAUAGAGGCUGGAUUGAGAAGAGGCAUUACAGUUAUUAAUUUUGACCACUACAAAAGAGCAUGCAAGCAGGGCCAGGGUGAUGUUUCACAUUGGGGUGCUGAAUUAGUAGUACUCAACAAUGUGGAUGGCGUCUUGCUCUUCUGGUGAGAGCCCAUCUUCAAUAUUGGAAGUCUGAUUUGCUCUAGUGCCCUGUCAUCCACAGUGCCCAGCACUGUGCGUACAUUACUAGAAAGAGGCUCUGUUUCCUGUGUCAUUUUGAGACGCUUCCUGUCUCAGGGAUGUGGUGCCUUGUCACCUCGAGGCGAGUUAACUUCGUGAAAAACACCUGGAAGUUCCCACUGGUGUAAACUGCAGGGCUUGACUUCCAGUGGGCAUGUGAGCUGCCACCUCUUUAGCUUCUUUUGCUUCCUUUUACAAUUCACGGGGGGCUAAUCCUUUGAGCCCACUGUACUACUAACACAGUUGCCUGAGUUAUUUGCUUCCUUUUCUAUCCUGUGAUCUUGAUCAUGAUCGCUUAAUAGCAUUCUGGAUUCCACAGAUAGAUUUAGAGUGGAAUUCUCUAAAUCCUCUAAAGGAGUGAGCCCCCUCUUAAACUUCUUGGGACCAUGAUGUUGUGCUAGAGAUUUAUUCAUUUCUUUCUUUACUUAGUUCAAUUAUUUAUAACUGGUGAGUUUUAUAUACUUAAGAACUAUUUUUAAAAAUCUUUUUACCUGUUAAUUUUGUAUGAUAUCUGGGCAAAAUGACAUGUGCUAACAAUAUCCUUUUUAUUGUAGGUCAGCACCCUGCAAGGAGGUAGUAACAUAUUCAGUCGUGAAACUGGGAAAGGCCAGAGCUCUUGGGUCAGGGAAACAUGUCCCGUCGGAAACAGACAAAUCCAAAUAAAGUUCACUGGGAUCAAGUAUUUGCUGGGCUAGAAGAGCAAGCCCGCCAGGCGAUGAUGAAAACUGAUUUUCCUGGAGACCUUGACAGUCAGCGACAAGCUAUCCAACAACUAAGAGAUCAGGACUCCAGUAGCAGUGACAGUGAGGGUGAUGAAGAGGAGACCACACAAGAUGAAGUCUCUUCCCACACAUCAGAGGAAGAUGGAGGGGUGGUCAAGGUGGAAAAGGAGUUAGACAGCGUGGAACAGCCUGCUGGUGGGCCUGAAGUGGUAGAGCAUGAGGUCACAGAGAAUGUGAAUUCUGACCCCUUACUUGGACUCUGUCAGUGUCCCCUUUGCCAACUAGACUGUGGGAGUCGGGAGCAGCUGAUUGCUCACGUGUACCAGCACACUGCAGCAGUGGUGAGCGCCAAGAGCUAUAUGUGUCCUGUCUGUGGCCGGGCCCUUAGCUCCCCAGGGUCAUUGGGUCGCCACCUCCUAAUCCACUCGGAGGACCAGCGGUCUAACUGUGCUGUGUGUGGAGCCCGUUUCACCAGCCAUGCCACGUUUAACAGUGAGAAACUUCCUGAAGUUCUUAAUAUGGAAUCCCUACCCCCAGCCCACAGUGAGGGCCCCUCCAGUGCCGAGGGGAAGGACAUUGCCUUUAGUCCUCCAGUUUACCCUGCUGGAAUUCUGCUUGUGUGCAACAACUGUGCUGCCUACCGCAAGCUACUGGAAGCCCAGACCCCAAGCGUACGCAAGUGGGCCCUCCGUCGACAGAACGAGCCUUUGGAAGUACGGCUGCAGCGCCUGGAACGAGAGCGCACGGCCAAGAAGAGCCGGCGGGACAAUGAGACCCCCGAGGAGCGGGAGGUAAGGCGCAUGAGGGACCGUGAGGCCAAGCGCCUGCAGCGCAUGCAGGAGACAGACGAGCAGCGGGCACGCCGGCUGCAGCGGGAUCGGGAGGCCAUGAGGCUCAAGCGGGCCAAUGAAACCCCGGAGAAGCGGCAGGCUCGGCUCAUCCGGGAGCGGGAGGCCAAGCGGCUCAAGAGGAGGUUGGAGAAAAUGGACAUGAUGUUGCGAGCUCAGUUUGGCCAGGACCCUUCUGCCAUGGCAGCAUUAGCAGCUGAAAUGAACUUCUUUCAGCUACCUGUGAGUGGGGUGGAGUUGGACAGUCAGCUCCUGGGCAAGAUGGCCUUUGAGGAGCAGAAUAGCAGCGCUCUGCACUGAACCACAAGCACCCUCCUGCCUGCCCUCCCGCUCACUUGCCCACCCAAGCCCAAAGGGAUCAGUGCUGCAGCCACCCACAGGGCCCUGUCCUUACUGCCAGAGGCAGGCCCAGUUUGUUGCAGGUGGAUCUGUGCACCCCUUGCAUGUCAGAGCAGGAUGAUGGGGUCAGGAGGAACCCAGCUCUAGGCUGGACAAGGGAGCAGGCACUCCAGAGAAUUGGACUCCCCAGCCCACUGCUGCAGGGCAUGCUGUAGGACUGUGGGGCCCUAGGGUGGCCCAUGGAGUUGUAAGGGCAAAUAAAUUAAUUUUAUCUUAUUCGCCCUUUCCUGCUUUUCUCUCAAUUUCAUUCUAGCAAAUGAAGUGAUCUGGAAGAGACUUGGGUGGAAAUGGCAGUGACUUCUGAUCGUUGUCCUUUUCUGAGGGAGGGUACUCCUAAACUUAGGCUCUCCAAGCAGAGAUCCCUGAGUAUUUGGGCCUUUACAAGUUGAUGAGACAUUAUGACAUUAAAGAACCGAGGCUGACUUUGUGAGGGUCUAUUCCCACAAUCCUAAUGAAGGUAAUUCAGUCCAAAGGGCUACUAAAACCUAGCUUACCUUUUCCAGACUCAGCAGUAGAUGCCUUUCUUUAUAACUGGCAUUUUCUUUUUUGUUUCAUCCUACUGUAUUUAGGGGGUUCCCCUUUCACUCCUCAAUAGAUUGUAUGUACUUCUGA